AUGACGACGUACUUCGAGUUCAACAAAACGACCACCAGCGAAGAGGUGGUUGAAGCAUUUGCCGAGAAUGUUGUCGGCAAGGCGAUCCUCAUCACCGGAGUGUCGCCCAAUGGUCUUGGCGAGGCGAUAGCACAGGCUCUUUCAACAAAGAAGCCCGCAAAGUUGAUCUUCACGGCGCGAUCCAUUGCCAAGGCUGAGUCCGUUGCCCAAACCAUCGAAGAAGGCAUGGCCAAUCCUCCAUUGAUCGAGGUUGUGCAGAUGGAUCUGUCUUCCAUCGCUUCCGUGCAAGCUGCAGCCGAGACUCUUAAACAACACCAGCGCAUCGACAUCUUGAUCAACAAUGCUGGAGUCAUGGCGUUGCCCAAUCGCACCUUGUCUACAGACGGAUAUGAGAUGCAUUUUGCGACCAACUUCAUUGGGCAUUGGCUCUUCACCAACCUCCUCAUGCCCAAGUUGACCAGCGGUGGACGAGUCGUCAACAUCACGUCUGGAGGAUACAUGAUUUGCCCCAUCCGAUUCCAUGAUCUUAACUGGGAUGGCGAUAAGCCAUUGCCGGCAGGGGAAGAGCCAAACAUGGUAAUGGUACAGAACUUGGGUCUCGGCUCGCUGGCGAAUGCUGGAGAGUACAAUGGCAUGCUGGCGUAUCUGCACUCCAACGCCGCAUCCAUGCUGUUUUCCGUUGGCCUGAAGGAAAGGUUCGGGAGCAAAGGCGUCACGGCUAUCAGUGCAGCCCCAGGAGUCGUUGUGACAGAGUUGCAGAGGCAUAUUAACGGAUUCCGCAACCCGACCAUGGGGUACAAGUCUGCCUCUCAAGGUGCAGCUAGCUUUCUAGUUGCUGCGCUGGAUUCUGCUCUUGAUUCCCACGGUGGUGUUCAUAUCGAUGAUUGCCAGGUCGCCGAGAUUGCAUCUACCCAUGUGCAGGAUGUAGAGGUUGCCCAUAGGUUGUGGAAGACUGCUGAGAGUAUGACCGGCUUGACCUUUUAG